CCCACCACUCCGUCGCUUUUGCUGCAUCACAUACACCGGCUUGCACUAUGUUUCCCUUUGUGCUCUUUCAAAACCACACACACCCGACCAGGCGCCGGAUGACUCAACCACCAACGACUUCAUAAUGGACCAGUACGAGCGCAUGUACAGCUCCUACGUCCGCCACCGCGCCGCCGUGCCACCCGGGCGACUCGUGGAGGUGGGCUUUGCACAGCUGGAGGCGGACCCGGUGGCGGCGCUGGAGCGGGUGUACACGGCGUUCGGCUGGUCGGACCGCUGGGAGGCGGUGGCGCCGCUGUUUGCCGACUACAGCUCCAGCCUUGCCGACUUCAAGAAGAACCACUUCAACGGGCUGCAGCCGGAGGCGGAGGCGGUGGUGCGCCGCCGCUGGGCGCCCUCCUUCGCCGAGUUCGGCUACACGUGAUGCGGUGGUGAUGGACGGCUACACGUGAUGCGGUGGUGAUGGACGGCUACACGUGAUGCGGUGGUGAUGGACGGCUACACGUGAUGCGGUGGUGAUGGACGGCAGCAGCACAGAGCGGGACGGACCGCUGGAAGAGCUGGCGGCGGUGGCGGCGGCGGCGGCGGCGGCAGGAUACACAGUGGGGUGUCGGUGGUCGGCACUUCUACCUGCCGGGUAGCUGCCCAGCUGCUGGAAACCGGAGCCAGCUCCCGCAACAAAGAGCGCACUGCUACGUGAUGGACAGCGGCAGUUGAGUGGGAGACAACCGUGUCAUGAACGGCGGAGGCGCGGGGCGGGGGCGGGGGGCAGCAGUGUCGGCGGGGGGCUGGGCUGCUGUAGGUACAUGUAGCGGGACAGCGUGCGGGGGGGGGGGGCAUGGGGGUGGCACGGCAGACAACGGCCACGCAGCUCAGGGGGGGGGUAGGAACAAACUUUUUUGACCCCAUGCCACAAAACCUCCCGGACCCCCCGACCGACCGACCGACCGGCCCCCCCUACCGUACGACCCCCCAAAACCCCCUCAGAACCCCUUAGUUUUUUGUCAGGUUGGUGCCAAUUGACUGCUCUCGGACAGAAGCGCUAGGAACAAAACUUGGCACGAACCUGUGCAAAACCUCUUGGGACCCCCGACCGACCGACCGACCGGCCACUUUGAGGGGUCAUAACUUUGCACCCAGAAACCCAUUUUCAAUUUUGAAAGCGGAUUCGUGAUUUUCUCCUUGACCUCUAUCCAUUUGAGGCAUGGGGUCUGUUUCGGAAGAUUCUACCCCCCCCCCCCCUGCGCAGCUGGUGGAAACCGGAGCCAGCAGCUCGCUUCCUGAGCCUCACGAGCAGGUGCGCUGCCGUAUCUCCCGUACUCCUUGGCUGCCGUUUACUGUCCUUUGGGUCGUAUUGGCCGGAGAGGGAGACGGUUGGCAUGACGUAAGGAAAAGGCGGAUGGAUGGGUGAUGUCGUAUUUGGGCAUGGCCAUGUGUGUGCAUGUGUGCAUGCCGUGUGUGAGACAUGUGAUCCACGAAUCUCCCCUAAGUGUAUCACCAACCACAUGCUUUCAUGCUGCAACAAGGGCAAAACGCACGGUGGUUCAAGAGCUGGGAACCUGCAGGAAACCCAGCAGGUCCCUAGCUGGGAUGUGGUACGGCCGAAUGGGUGAUAUGUGGUACGGCCGAAUGGAUGCGGUGGUGAAACUCAGCUAUACUGGGAUUCCCUUUCCCUUCCGGGAAAGAAAAGGGGAUCGCUGGAUGCCCUGGGUGCCCUGGAGCAAAUGUACGUAAGUCUUUCCGGAGAUGUUGCCCGGCGCGGCUUUGCGGGUACCGGGGGCAAUGAAACUCGUUCACUCGGUGUUCGACGAGUUCACUUGGGUUCAAGCGCCACGCGAAGGGGGGGGAUCCUUGCAGCGUAGGCAGGAACGGGAGGGGGGAAGUGCGGUGGGCGCUGUGCUGGUGGCGGCGCCCUGAACGCCCCGGUUUGUAGCAAGCAGGGGGGAGGGGGGGGGGGCGGUGGGGGGAUCGUCAGGGGCGGAUGCGUGGGGGCAAGGGUUGCGAUUACGACCCGCUCGCGCACGGUAAAACCCCAUUGUCGGGCGGCUGUGCGCAUGCGCAGGUUGGCAUGGUCGCCCCAACCUAUCGCGAUGUAUGGUUGAUGCAGACAAACGAGUGCCUAUGAGAAUAAGGGGACACCCCCAUUUGAGUGCGCAGGGGCGCGGUGGAAAGCAGCCGGACGGUGAAACUUACACGGUGACCUGACGACUCGUGGCAUGCUCAAAUGCGUGCUACGUGUCAAAGCACCUGGCCACUACCAGCACCUGUGUCAUUACAAUGCAAUCCGUCCUGCGCCCGGAAACAGGCAUAGCGUUUAGCUCGCUUAAGAUUGGCAGGCAUGGACAUGACGCUGCGUCACGCACCUGGUGACAGCUGCCUCUCCACUGAAACGGAAGCCAGGUGCCUGGUGACAGGCGAGAUCAUUUGCAGCGAAUGCAAAAAUUCAAACUUUCGCGAGAAAAAGAUCGCCCAAGUGAAAGAAUUCAAGGAAAAUCCAUCAAAAUCUUCGCCCGCUGUGGGGAUCGAACCCACGGCCACGAGGUUGCGUGCUGCAUUCCCGAUUGAUUCUGGGACUCGUGUAAAAGCCUCGCGCUCUACCACUGAGCUAAGCGGGCGCGUGCCGAAAGCGCCAUUUGAGGGCAUUGUGUAACCCCGCUACCGG